AUGGGACCAGCCAAUAAAUCUCAAACAUCUCCAGAUACCUUCUUGCUGAUGGGCAUCCCAGGACUAGAGCACCUGCAUAUCUGGAUUGGGAUUCCCUUCUGCUCCAUGUACAUGGUGGCUGUGGUGGGGAAUGUGACCAUCCUGGCCGUGGUGAGGGCAGAGCGGAGUCUCCAUGAGCCUAUGUUCCUCUUUCUGUGCAUGCUUUCUGUCACUGACCUGGUCCUCUCCACAUCUACACUGCCUCGCAUGCUCUGUCUCUUCUGGCUUGGAGCGCGUGACAUUGCCUUUGAUGCUUGCCUGGCUCAAAUGUUCUUCAUCCAUAGCUUUACUGCUAUGGAAUCAGGAUUUUUCCUGGCCAUGGCCUUUGACCGUUACGUGGCCAUUUGUCAUCCACUGCACCAUACCACGAUUCUCACCCAUGCUCGCAUUGCCAAAAUGGGAGCUUCUGUGGUACUCCGGGGAGUGGCCUUCUUUUCCCCACAUCCUAUCCUGCUCAGGCAGCUGCCCUACUGCAGAACACGAGUCAUUACCCACACCUACUGUGAGUUCAUGGCCGUGGUGAAGCUGGCGUGUGUGGACACAGGAGCUACCAAACGUUACAGCCUCAGUGUAGCCUCUGUCAUUGGUUCCUGCGAUGGCUUUUUCAUUGCUGUCUCUUAUGCCCUAAUCCUCCGUGCAGUCUUUCGCCUUCCAUCACAGGAAGCAAGUUUUAAAGCUCUAGGAACCUGUGGCUCUCAUGUCUGUGUCAUCCUUGUUUUCUACUCCACAGCUGUCUUUACCUUCCUCACUCACCGCUUUGGCCACAAUGUGGCCCCCCAAAUUCAUAUCUUUAUUGCCAAUAUGUACCUUCUGGUACCACCUUUCCUUAACCCCAUUGUUUAUGGUAUUAGAACCAAAAAAAUUCGAGACCAUGUCCUUAGUUCUCUAAAGGUAAAAGUCACUUGAUUAUCCUGGAAUUGUUUGCAGAGAUGGUAUCAUAAUCAGAAGGGAAGUAGGGAAAUAAUUGAUCCCAUUUUCAUAAAUGACAUGGAAUUUUCUCCCACUGAAAUCAGACACAGAGAAGAGUGACCACACAUAAUAGAAAUUCCACAAUUGUAGUGAAACUAGAGGGCAUGAGACAUUUUGUGCACACAUGGAUUUUAAGGAGCUUCCUUAAAGCUUUUUUAAUUGGAAAGCAGUCCCCUUCUGCUCCUUGCUGCUACUGAUCUGUGUUGUAACUGGGGGUGGUAGUUUAUUUUGAAGUAGGCGUGAUUUAAAAAAAAGUGAAGAAGCCCAUGAGAACCUCAAAAAUUCCAUGUAAAGUAUUUGCAAUUGAAAAUUUAAUGAUCACUAUCAAUAUUCUGCAGAAGAGGCAAUAUAAUAGGAUUGAUGUCUUUUUAAUACAGGACAUAGUAAUUGUGUAUUUUAGUCACAAGAAUGGACACACACAAGACAAGUUGUCAAGCAGAAAUGUGGAAAAGUUCAAUAGUGCAAUAAUCAAGCCCACAGAAUUUUUAAACAUAUUGCUCAUAGAAUAUUCUGUCUCCACAAAGCAUAACUUGUGCCUCUUAUUGUUUUGUUAUCUAAACUAAGACUGGGUCUCUUAAAGAUAUUCUCUUUACCUUCAUCACAAAUUAUCCUGAAACCAGAAACAACUUUAUGCUUGAUGGUAUGUAUCUACUUGGGAAUUUGCCCAGAGCUUAGGCCCAAGCCCACUGAACUAGAUACAGAUAUUACAUGUGCUUGC